AAAUAAUCUGCGACUGUACUUGUGCAUUUCAUUCAAAGGUGUAUGAAGUGAAGAUGUGUCACUGCACAUCUGUAAAACAUCUGGAGGAACGUCACUGGGGCUUCCGGUCCGAGGCUGUGCGUCAGCACUUUGAGGCAGCAGAAGACGUGUGUCAGCAUCACUCUGGACUCUGGUCUGUGAAAACACACCUGACAUGUAUAAUUUUGGGGGUUAAAUUGGAAACCCUCCCCCAAUAUGCCCGACUUGGUUGAGUCCAGGGUUCCAGCAGAGCCAAGAUGGCGGACUGAGUAGCGACGUGCUGAAGUUCACUUUUAACAGCAGCCCUGAAGCUUGUUAUGCUCUCUUUCUCUUGUCGGAUUUCUGUCUGUUGAGGACGAAUUCUGGGGUCUUCCAGAUUUGGAUCAGAAGGUUUUCAGAUCUGCAGUGUUUUCCAGGUGUCUUUUUCCGGGAUGUCCAGACUAGAUGGCCUGAGGGGGUUCAACCCCAAAGCAAAGACCACCAGCACAGACACUCCAACUGCUGAGAGACUACACAGGCAUCUACAGAUGGACACAUUCACAUGUAGAGACACCUGCACAGCAGCUUGAAAUACAGAAGUGACCAAGCAGCAAACAGCUCAGGCUGAACUUUGUCUGAGGACCAGUUGGGUCCUGAAUCAGGUUCAGAGAUCACCUGUGUUGGUGUUUGACAUUCCAUCCAUCAAAUAAUCAUCUAUCCUUCUCUCUCUCCUGCUUUCAAUUCAGUCGUCUGAGAGGGUUUUUUGCGCUGCAGAGCUAGAAGUGGAGAACAGGUAAUGGAUGAUGCUGGCCAUGGUGACCUAGUGUAAAUGGCUAUUCCUCAGCACAGCUCAGUGCCAGUAUCUACUGCUCGAUCUUCUGCCUCCACUCCCCCCUCCUCUCACCCCUACUCCACCUCUCUGCUGUCCUUCCCUGUUCGCCGCUGCUGCUUGCUGCCCAGUCCUGCCUCUCCCCUCCAACACCAUGGUGGGUGCAGGCUUGGGUGUGUGGAAGCUAAUGCGAGGUGUCCGUCAGCUGGAGCUUCACCGCCUCAUCCUGGCACUUAUCAUCUUUUGCUUGCUGUCCAUGGCCUUCCUAGCUUACUACGUCUCCAACAGCCCCAAAAUCAAGGAGGCCCCCCCUUUACCCUUUAGUGACUGUGCUGGAGGAGGGGGGAUGUCACCUGGAGUGAGUACUGGGGCAGCCGGAGGAGGCCCAGGUGUCCAGAGGGCACCACUUUUCCUUCCCCCUCGCCAGGGCCGACUACGGCAGGUGAAGGCCGUGGACAAUUCCAGGACACAGCCCGUAGUUCUGGUGUUUGUUGAGAGCAUCUACUCCCAGCUGGGCCAGGAGAUUGUAGCCAUAUUAGAGUCUAGCCGCUUCCACUACCGGACGGAGAUUGCUCCUGGUAAAGGUGACAUGCCCACAUUGACGGAGCAUAACCGCGGACGCUACACACUCAUCAUCUAUGAAAAUGUGUUGAAAUAUGUCAAUCUGGAUGCAUGGAACCGUGACUUGCUGGACAAGUAUUGUGCUGAGUAUGGAGUAGGUGUCAUUGGCUUCUUCAAAGCUAAUGAAAAUUCUCUUCUCAGUGCACAGCUUAAAGGCUUCCCCCUCUUUCUACACUCACACCUGGGACUCAGGGACUACCGCAUCAACCCCAAUGCUCCUCUACUCUACAUCACCAAGCCCAACCAGGUGGAGCAGGGGUCUUUACCAGGGGAUGACUGGACCAUUUUCCAGUCCAACCACUCUACCUAUGAACCAGUACUUCUGGCAAGCACCAAGUCCUCUGAUGCACUGGCACAUUUUGGACCCAGCCCCUUGCGGGCCCUCCAUGCCACAGUGGUCCAGGACUUGGGGCUCCAUGAUGGCAUUCAAAGAGUUCUUUUUGGGAAUAAUCUCAACUAUUGGCUUCACAAGCUGGUGUUUGUAGACGCCAUUGCCUACCUGACAGGGAAGAGACUGUGUUUGUCCUUGGACCGCCACAUCCUGGUGGACGUGGAUGAUAUAUUUGUUGGCAAGGAGGGAACCCGUAUGAAGGUGUCGGACGUAGAGGCAUUGCUCAACACUCAAAACAAGCUGAGAGCACUGGUCCCUGAUUUCACCUUCAACUUGGGAUUUUCUGGAAAGUUCUAUCACACAGGCACUGAUGAGGAGGAUCGGGGAGAUGACAUGCUGCUGCAACACAGGAUGGACUUCUGGUGGUUUCCUCACAUGUGGAGCCACAUGCAGCCUCACCUCUUUCACAACGUCAGCGUCUUGGCUGAGCAGAUGAGGCUCAACAAGAUCUUUGCUCAGGAGCAUGGCAUCCCAACAGAUAUGGGAUAUGCAGUGGCUCCGCAUCACUCUGGGGUUUACCCAGUUCACAGCCAGCUCUACGAGGCCUGGAAGUCUGUGUGGAGCAUCAAGGUGACCAGCACUGAGGAAUACCCCCAUCUGAGACCAGCUCGAUACCGUCGUGGCUUCAUCCACAAUGGGAUCCAGGUGUUGCCCAGGCAGACCUGUGGUCUGUUCACCCAUACAAUCUUCUAUAACGAAUACCCAGGAGGCUCAAAGGAGCUGGACAAGAGCAUCAGAGGAGGAGAGCUCUUCCUCACUGUCCUCCUCAACCCUAUCAGUAUCUUCAUGACCCACCUGUCUAACUAUGGCAAUGAUCGGCUGGGUCUGUACACCUUUGAGUCUUUGGUGAAGUUUGUCCAGUGCUGGACCAACCUCAGGCUGCAGACAUUGCCCCCCGUUCAGCUCGCUGAGAAAUACUUCCAGAUCUUCCCUGAGGAGAGAGACCCACUCUGGCAGAACCCUUGUCAUGACAAGAGACACAAAGAUAUCUGGUCUAAAGAAAAGACCUGUGACCGACUCCCCAAGUUCCUCGUCAUUGGACCACAGAAAACCGGCACUACAGCGCUCCAUUCAUUCCUGAGCCUCCACCCAGCAAUCACCUGCUCCUUCCCCAGCCCCACCACCUUCGAGGAGAUCCAGUUCUUCAGUGGAGCAAACUAUGACAAUGGGAUUGACUGGUACAUGGACUUCUUCCCAUUCCCUUCCAAUGUCAGCACAGAUUUCAUGUUUGAAAAGAGUGCCAACUAUUUUGACACAGAGGUAGCUCCUAAGAGAGCUGCUGCCCUGCUUCCCAGAGCCAAAAUCCUGGCAGUGCUCAUCAACCCGUCUGACAGGGCUUACUCCUGGUACCAGCACCAGAGGGCCCACCAGGACCCUGCAGCCCUCAACAACACUUUCCAUGCAGUGGUGACGGCAGGCCUCUCAGCCCCCAGGGACGUGCUGGCCCUUCAGAGACGCUGCCUUAAUCCCGGGGCCUAUGCUACUCACCUGGAGCGCUGGCUGCAACACUACCAGCCCAGCCAGUUGCAAAUCGUGGACGGGGCCCUGCUGCGGUCCAACCCAGCACUGGUGAUGGAGGGAAUCCAGAGGUUCCUCAGUGUCACUCCCAUCUUCAACUACACCCAGGCUCUAAUGUACGAUGACAGCAAAGGUUUCUGGUGUCAGAGGGUGGAAGGAGGUCGAGCCAAAUGUCUGGGGAAGAGUAAAGGCAGGAAGUACCCCGAGAUGAGUCCUGAGUCGCGUGCCUUCCUGGCGGAGUACUACCGUGAGCACAACAUGGAGCUGCUGCGUCUGCUGAACCGGUUGGGCCAACCGCUGCCGUCCUGGCUCCGCCAAGAACUCCAGAGCACGAGCUGGAGCUGAGGCCACACGCUCUCACACACACAGACAGACGGGCACACCACAGAAAACCCGGGACUGGAGUCUGUGGAUGAGCCAAGGCUUGGCUCUGGAUUAGACUGGACUACCUGAUCUGGAAUCAACAGCAGCACACACUAAUAGAGCUACAAGGUUUUAGCUGAUGUUACUGGUGCUCCUGUUCCAUGGCAAAAGUGUGGCUCACCGUCGGAGAAGGAUCCCAGUGGACUCGCCCUCCAACUCCUGACUUGUUGCCAGCCUCCCGCGAGCACUGGGCAGCCCUCAGCCUCAGCCGGUGUGUUGGAAGGGGGGCUGACACUGUACACAUCAGUCUGUGGAUCCAGAGGACCGGGUGACCAGCAGGUUUGGGGCAUAAAGGGUCAGGCAGCCUUAAUGUGAGGACAGACACUCACAGGACGAGACGGUGCAGGUGUGGAGUGUAUGACUGGGUACAGGACUAACAUGCACAGACACACACACACACACACACACACACACGUCACAUCUCUCCACAAGAAUGAUUGUAAAGCAGUCCAUUUUCCACAGCACUUGUAUAUGUUGAGGGGCAGGUGGGAAACAAAAGGGCCAGCAGCCUGAAGCAGACAGUACAGACAGACAGUCCAUAUCCUGGUCCAGAUUUUCUGUUACACACACACACACACACACCUACCUGCAGGUCCAGCCAACUGUCAGGGUGCUGCGUUCCCUCACACUUUUCCAGUCUGUUGACUGUGCUUACAGACAUUUUAAAAUGGGUUUAGCUAAUAUGACGACGGGUCAGUGUAAAUAUCAGGUGUUCAGGUUUGGUACUUGACUAAAGCGCAGGCGUGGUCCAGGCUCUGCCCCGCACUGACUCCCUGUCAGGGAGCAGCUUCAUUAAACUUCACUAAGGUAAAGAUGGUUUUUGAAUGAUGAUACUGUUCUCCACGUUCGCUAAGGCCUCCCUCCAUUCCCCAGUUUUUAUGUAAUAUCGUUUAUAUACUUGCUUUUAGCGCACAUAGCAUAGUGUUCUGAGAAUUUACCAUCCAUGUUUGGACAAAUGGAGCGACCCACACAACGUUCUGUUGAGCAAAGGUUGUGUUGUAGGACUGGGUUUUUAGUUAUUUGAACAUGAUUUUGGACCACAUGGUGGUAGCAGUGUUUUGUUCUGAUUUCAUGGCUCCGGCUGGAGGCUUCUCCCUUGCAACAGCUGCUGAGGCUCAUGGGAGCUGUAGUAUUAAGAGUCAUUAUACGUACCAAGCUGAGGGGGAAAGACUAGUCAGAAACAAAGCUGAAAUAUAACUGUUAGCGUGGGUGAAUUUUCCAAGAGACUCGUGUUUUUAGUGCUGAGGACUUAAUUAUUAUUACAUGAAAAUGGUCCACUGCAGAUUUCCAAAUUACAUUGGUCUAUACAUACAAAUGUUAUCCUGAAGAGGUAUUCUAGUGAUUUAGUAUUGCACUUUUAUAAAGUUGGGGGACUCCCAAGAGCCAGGUUUUGAAAAACUGAAGCAGCAGAGGCCGAGAUUUGUGAUCCCCUUCCUGCCCGGUCCAUAACCACAUCUUUCAAACGUCACGUCUCCAGUUUGACUCCUGUUUUCUGCUUAUAGUCUCCAAGCUGAUGAUGACAUCAUUAUGACAUCAUCAGGGUUAUUUUCUCAGACUUGACAAAGCUCCCCCAGAACCGUAGAAGACAUUACACAGCUGUUUCCACAGACACAGGACUAACCCUGACCAGUAAGUGUAGCUCGAACUUACUCGACUUGGACAGUGCUAACAGUAUUAUUUGGUCUAAAAUGUGCUUUUUAUUUAUUUUGUCAUCAAUCAAAAGGUGUUUUUACCGUUUUAACAGUGAUCCUGACAUGAUGUGAUCAUGAGGCACAGCCCUGGACCAGAGCUAUUUAAAACCUAGUGUGGGUUGUGUUUGACUGUGAGAGUUCAGUAAGAGCGCGACACCCUCAGCAAAGAAACAAAGCCCAGCACGUGUCAAACACCUUCUGAAAACCCAACACAGAAUGCUAAACACACACUCCCCACACACACUCACACUCUUGUCUCCAUCCGAAGACAGUAACCCACGAACGUCACUGGACAAGAGAAAAGACAUUGGAGCCAGUAAGGACAACGAAUCAGAAGCUGCUGUCUUGUUUUCAGUUUGUUUUGUAUGAAUGUCAAAAAGGCCAACACUGUAUCAUCUCUAAUAAACACAGAGACGUUGGAAA